AUGCCGUUUGGUCUUUGCAAUGCUCCCGCAACUUUCCAAAGAUGUAUGAUGAGCAUUUUUGGAGAUAUGUUGGAGGAAGAAAUGGAGAUUUUUAUGGAUGAUUUUUCCAUAGGGGGGGUUUCGUUUGAGGAUUGCCUUGAGAAUCUUGGAAAAUUCUUAGCAAGGUGUGAGAAAGUGAACUUAGUGUUGAAUUGGGAAAAAUGCCACUUCAUGGUGGAGGAAGGAAUAGUGCUUAGACACAAAAUCUCUCAUAAAGGAAUAGAAGUGGAUAAGGCCAAGAUCGAGGUUAUUGAAAAGCUUCCUCCCCAGACUAUUGUGUUCACCGAUCAUGCGACUUUGAAAUAUCUCUUUGGGAAAAAGGAAUCUAAGACAAGGUUAAUUCGUUGGGUUCUUGAACUUCAAUAUUUUGAUCUUGAGAUUCGAGAUAAGAAAGGAGCGGAAAAUGUGGUGGCGGACCAUUUAUCUAGACUUAAUGAUUUUCAAGUCCAAGAUGAUGGGUCCCAUAUUGAAGAUAGAAUGUUGGACUUCUUGUAUUCGAUAAAUGUGAAGGAACUCCCAUGGUUUUCCAAUUUGGUUAAUUACCUUGCUUGUGGGGAGUUUUCUCCUUCUUUUUCCAAGAAUCGUAGAAAGAAGCUUAAGAGAGAAGCUAGGCACUAUGUUUGGGAUGAGCCAAUUUUGUAUAAGAGAGGUGGUGAUGGUUUGUUACGUCGAUGUGUGCCAAAUGAGAAAAUACCAAAUGUGUUGAAGAUGUGCCACUCGGAUCCUAGUGGUGGACAUAUAGGUGUUUCUAGAACGGCUUCUAAGGUUUGGCAUUCCCAAGGCGGUUAUAAGCGACAACGGGUCUCAUUUGUUCAUAGCGCUUUCCGGAAGAUGUUGAAGAAACAUGGGGUAAACCAACGUUUUGGGCUCCCUUACCAUCCUCAAACUAACGGGCAAGUUGAGGUGUCCAAUCGUCAAAUUAAGUUGAUACUUGAGAAGACGGUUGCAAGAAAUAGGAAGGAUUGGUCGAAUAAGCUUGAUGAUGCCUUGUGGGCAUAUAGAACGACCUUUAAAAUUCCUAUUGGUACCACUCCUUACCGCUUGGUUUAUGGUAAAUCUUGCCAUCUCCCGGUUGAGCUUGAGCAUCGUACUCAUUGGGCUAUAAAGAAGAUCAAUUUUGAUUUGGCAAGUGCGGGUGAGCAACGUUGGUUAGAUCUCCAUGAGUUGGAAGAGCUUCUUUUGGAUGCUUAUGAUUGUGCUAGUUUAUAUAAAGCAAGAGCCAAAGAGGUGCGUGAUAAGCUCAUUGAGAAGAAGGAGUUCAAUCCCGGAGAUAAGGUGCUCCUUUACAAUUCAAGAAUGAGACUUUUUCCCAGAAAGUUGAUGUCCCGUUGGACCGGUCCAUUUGUUGUUCAAGAGGUCUUCCCAAAUGGUGGUAUUGAAAUUUCUCCGUUGGACCUCUCAAGGACUUUCAAGGUCAACGCUCAUAGGCUUAAGCGUUACUAUGAGGGAGUUUUUGUCGGGGUCAUUCAUGAUAUGACUCUCCAUGAUCCACCUUGA